CCUCCCACCUCUCACAGAUUAGGGUUACAUACACGCUCACUUUGGGGUGGGGCCUCAUUGCCAACGCGGCUCAGGCAGGCUGGAUGAUUACAGUAGGAAGGGGGCAGACAUCAGCCGCUCGGUCCCUUCCCCAAUCCUCAGGGAUGUGGGAAGUAGCGUUCUACGCCUUGGUGUGUCCUAAUUUGAGAACGCUCUUGGCCGGGACAGCGGGACCCAACGGAGCAUCGGCAGCAGCGGUUUGCGGUCCCCGAUUGCUGGCUCAGGCUCCGAGCAUGACCCUAUGCCCGCAGGAGGCGCGCACAGAUGGCUUGAGGAUGCCCUGGGCACAGAGUUGCUUUCCCGGAUCGUGUAGGAUCCCGCGGUGCAGCCGGGGCUAGAGGGGCGCACACAGGGUCUACUCGGCUCCACACCCCGGGCUGUAUCAAAGAUGGUCUGGCAGAGUGUGCAGUCUGGAUAUCUAAUGCUACAAUGAGGACACACACACGGGGAGCUCCCACUGUGUUUUUUAUAUACCUGCUUUGUUGCAUUGUCGUUCAUGGCACAGAAGAGAGUAUCAAUGCACAAAUCCCAUUCCUCAAUGCAAAAUAUGAGGGUUAUCCUAUGCUGUACUUCUCAAAAGGCGAAGUGGAGGAGCUGCGUGCCCAAGCAGAGGGCAGCCAUCAACAUAUUGCCACACGCAUUAAUGAGGCAGUUCACAUUAUGCUGACCAACCCCACAGAGUACCUUCCACCCUGGGAACCUAAAGAUUUUUCAGCCAGAUGGAAUGAAAUUUAUGGCAACAACUUGGGAGCAUUGGCAAUGUUCUGUGUCUUGAAUCCUGACAACACCGAAGCACUUGGCUUGGCAAGAGAGUAUAUGGAAAGAAUGGCAGCUCAGCCUAGUUGGCUAGUGAAGGAUGCUCCCUGGGACGAGGUUCCCUUGGCACACUCUCUUGUGGGCUUUGCUACUGCUUAUGACUUCCUGUACUACUCUUUUACCAAGCACCAAAAGGAGAAGUUCCUAGAAGUUAUUGCCAAUGCUUCAGGAUACAUGUACGAAACAUCAUACAGGAGAGGAUGGGGGUUUCAGUAUCUCCAUAACCAUCAACCUACCAACUGUGUAGCAUUGUUAACGGGAAGCUUGGUCAUGAUGAAUCAAGGAUACUUGCAAGAAGCUUACUUCUGGACAAAGCAAGUUCUCACCAUUAUGGAAAAGUCAAUAGUCCUGUUGAAUGAUGUGACAGAUGGGUCACUUUAUGAAGGAGUAGCUUAUGGCAGCUACACCACCAGAUCACUUUUUCAGUAUAUGUUUCUUGUCCAAAGACAUUUCGAUAUCAAUCACUUCAACCAUCCCUGGCUGAAAGAGCACUUUGCUUUUAUGUACAGAACUGUCCUGCCAGGUUUUAAGAGAUCUGUUGCUAUAGCAGAUUCAAACUACAAUUGGUUCUAUGGUCCUGAGAGCCAGCUGGUUUUUUUAGACAAGUUUGUUAUGAGAAAUGGAAGUGGCAAUUGGCUGGCAGAACAGAUCCAAAUAAAUAGAAUACAGGAAGGACCUGGGACUCCUGCGAAAGGACAGCGUUGGUGCACUCUGCACACAGAGUUUCUUUGGUAUGAUGCAUCAUUACCGCCUACACCCCCACCAGAUUUUGGCACUCCUCGAUUGCAUAUUUUUGAAGACUGGGGAGUGGUGACCUAUGGGAGUUCUCUUCCUGCUGAAAUCAAUAGGCCAUUUAUCUCAUUCAAGUCUGGGAAGCUUGGAGGUCGUGCAAUAUUUGACAUUGUUCACAAAAAUAAAUACAAAGACUGGGUCAAAGGAUGGAGGAAUUUUAAUGCAGGACAUGAACAUCCAGACCAGAAUUCCUUCACGUUUGCUCCUAAUGGAUUUCCUUUCAUAACCGAAGCAUUGUAUGGACCAAAAUAUAGUUUUUUAAAUAAUGUUCUAAUGUUUUCCCCGUCUGUGUCAGAUUGCUGCUUUGCUCCAUGGGAAGGGCAAGUGACUGAGGAUUGUACUUCAAAGUGGCUAAAAUACAAGCACGGUGAGGCUGCAGACUCUCAUGGAAGGGUAGUGGCAUCGAUGGAAAAAAGUGGAGUUGUUUUCAUCAGGGGUGAAGGAGUUUCAGCCUAUAGUCCUAAAUUGAAAUUAAAGAGUGUUCAAAGAAAUCUUGUUCUACUUCAUCCACAACUGCUACUAGUUGUUGACCAUAUUCACCUUGACCGUAGUAGCAGCUUGGAUGCGACAACCAGUUUUUUCCACAAUGUAGACAUGCCCUUUGAGGAAACCUCUAUUGAUGGUGUUCAUGGGGCAAUACUUAGGCACAGGGACGAUCUUUAUAAAAUGUACUGGAUGGAUGACACUGGCUUGAGUGAGAAAGCUGUCAUUACAUCAAUGAACUACCCACAGGGUUACCCAUACAAUGGAACCAAUUAUGUGAAUGUUACAACCCGUCUCAGGAAACCAAUCACAAGAUCAAUAUACCUUUUCAUCGGACCAUCUGUUGAUGUUGAAAGCUUCAGUGUUCACGGAGACUAUCAGCAAGUUGAUGUAUUCCUUGCUACUAGUGACCAUGCAUAUGCAGUCUACCUCUUCACCGGAGAAACGCCAAGCCAGUCAGUCUAUGCGAAGGUAGUUGCCGACCGGCAGAAAAUUGUUUUUGACAAAAGCUCAACCAUCAGAGCCACCUCACCUUCUGAGGUCAAAGAUUAUGUCAAUGUUGUGGAGCAGAACCUACAGCACUUCAAGCCAGUUUUUCAGCAGCUUGAGAAGCAAAUAUUGUCCCAUGUAAAGAAUACAGCCACGUUUAGGAAGACCGCCGAAAGGCUGCUUAGAUUUUCAGAUAAGAGAAAUACAGAGGAGGCAAUUGAAAAGAUAUUUGCUAUUUCUCAACAGCAAAAGCAAAAAGGCAAGAUCAAAAGAACAAAAAAGGGAGCUCGAAACUUUAUCAAUGCUAUUCCGGACUUAUUUGCGCAAAUAGAGGUAAAUGAAAAGCAGACACGACAGAAAGCCAUGGCUUUGGCCCAGAGUGAGAUCCCAGUCAGUGAGGAUGAAGAAAUGAAAGACCUUCUGGACUUUGUGGACGAACCAUUAGUAAGGCAGACAUCUAGCUCUUCUAGCAGACAUGUUUCCCAGCAUAUGUUUACAACACACCACAAUGGGGCUGGAUCCAUUUCGGCUUCUUAUGUUCGACUGUUUCUAAUCUUAAACAUUGCCAUCUUUAUAGUUCUCUUAGCAUUACAGUUAUCGCGAUUUCUAAAGACUAAGAACAUGCAUCGAAAGAAAGGUCUUUAUCUCAUACUUUCUAUUGAUUGUUGCAUUUUAAUAUAUUUGUAUACUUCAUGUUUUAAAACACAAUGUUAGAAGCAGCAGUCCUCCGCCUCAUGCAAGACUCUUACUCAAGUAAUUGGGACUAUCAGUUCACUUGAUGGUAACUUGUUUAUGAUUCUUGUAAAAGUGUAAUGUCCUGUCCUUUCUUCAUCCAGUAGGGCUGUAUAUUUAUGUGUUCCGUAAAGGGAAAAAAACACUAUAAAAUAUAGAGACUGUCAUGUACAUGAGUACAUUCAGACUGGAAAUCACACAUGCAGAAGUUUCUAAUAAAUUUGUUCUGUUUUAAAGUC